AUGAUUUACACUGAAUAACUCAACAAUUACAUAAAUUAAACCAAAAAAAUAAUUAGUGUUUAAUAUUAGUAAGCAUUAAAUAUUUGUACCAGAUUAAAUUUAGGAAGAAUUAAAAAGAAUUGGAUCAUCAGAUGAAGCAAUCUAAAAAUUCUUUGAAAUAUUCUUUGAAUAACUUCUUUCAUGUAUAGAAUUAAAUAAUAAUUUUAGAUAGACUAUUAAAGCGAAAUAUUGAAAGAGCUUAAAUGGUUUAUGAAUUGUUGAGUAAAGCAGAGGCUAAAGAUGAAAUUGUAAAAAAGGCCACUUAAAAGGUAAAUAAAUAAUAAUAUAUUUAGGCUUUGAAUGAAGAUAAAGUAUAUGAUUUGGCUGAAUCUCCAAUUGCAAUCGAUUUAUUGGUUGACAUCAUUGGGUUUUUCUUAAAUGAUUCAGAUAUCAAUUCAUUAAAAAAGUUAUACUUCAAACCUGAACAAGAUAUUAAAGACUUUAAUGAAUUCAUGACUGAGGUCGCCAAUUAAUUAAUUGAAAAAUAUUCUGAUAAUGUUAAUAUAAUUAAGGAAUACUUUGAAAUCCUAGGUUAUUAGAUUUGA